CUUUAGUGCAAUAAAACUCAAUAAAAGCACUUCCCCCUGUAAUCCGCUCAAGCUAAAUGCAAAAUUUUGUUCAGAUAUGACGAAAUUGGCGAGAAAAUAUUUUUGGAGAAAAUGCUUCUGCAAAAUGUGCCGCGCUUCAUAAUGUCUCCGGAUGUUUGGUUAUCGCACCAUUUCCGACAGAUGUACUAACGGUUUUUUGAUGAUGGGCCGCUACUACUGAUGCUUUUUUAUUUGCAGAGCAUGAUGAGCGCGUUUCGGUUAGAUCUCAGCCCUCUGAAAGAGCCUCUGGGAUUUAUACGUGUACUGGAAUGGAUAUUUGCCAUUUUUGCAUUUGCUACAACUGUGGGUUAUUCUGGCUCUUCCAGUUUGAACAUCAAGUGCAAGAACAGUGUCAACAAAGAAAUAAAUGUAUCUUUCAGUUAUCCUUUUAGGCUCAAUACCCAGAGUUACAGUGUGCCAGACUGCAAAGAUGGCACAGUGUUUAAACAUCUGACUGGAGAUUAUUCAUCUUCCGCUGAGUUCUUUGUAGCUAUUGGAGUUCUGGCUUUCCUGUACAGCACAGUUACUCUUGUGUUGUAUCUGGCUUACCAGCACAUCUACCGUGAAUCUCCUCGAGGCCCCAGCAUUGACCUACUGUUAACUGGGAUCUUCACUUUUCUCUGGCUGGUGUGUUCAUCUGCAUGGGGAAAAGGCCUCACAGACGUGAAAAAUUCAACCAGUCCAAAUAUGCUUGUGUACUUGACUGAAGUGUGUAAACAAACAGAAAACAAUUGCACUGCUGGGCACAUCCCCUCAAUGGGCCGCCUCAAUUCCUCAGUGAUCUUUGGAUUCCUAAACCUUAUUCUGUGGGGAGGAAACUGCUGGUUCCUUUACAAGGAGACGCCAUUACACACGUCAGCCAAUCAGCAAGCAGGAGCAGAACAGCCUAGUUAAACAGCAGGUCACAUCCACAUUCAUCAAGCAGGUGUUGUUGAAGUACUAAAGUGGUGCUACAUAGCAACCGGUUGACUGAUGUUAUGGACCUGACUUGACCUGUGUCACAAAUCCACCAAAGGUCCUUGCCUAUAGAGUAUCUCCAUUCUAUUCAAAUAUGGUCAAAUUUAGAUGUGCAUUUUACACACUACAGCAAAGCUGUAUACUUAGGGAAGGUACAAGGGCAUGUUGGCAAAUAAACUACUUGUAUGAAGUAAACUGCAUCAUUAAAAUCAUAUUUCAUUUCGUUAACGUUACUGUAAUGUUUUUGAUGUCAUUUGAACUUGUUACAUAAAAUUUACAGAAUGUUUUUGA